AUGGCGGUGUCGUUCGAGGGCGACGACGUGCGGCAGGGCGUGCCGGAGAACCUCGAGAACCUCGUCGCGCCGCACAUCGACUCCUUCGACUAUUUCGUCGAGCGCGGGUUACCAGAAGCUGUUCGCCUGAUUCGACCCGUGGAAGUGCACGACUCGUUCAGGAAGCUCAAAUUCUACUUGUGGUGGGAGAAUCCGAGCAUCACAAAGCCUUUUAGCGAGGAUGGCCAGCACCGACCCGUUUACCCCUCAGAGUGUCGCCAGGCGGGCACCACCUACCGGGGCGACUUCCGCAUCGACCUCUGCGUCUCCUACUUUGACGAGGACGAUGACGUGGCGCUUGCUGACGUGGCGAAGGGUCCCAUGCAGCGCCAGCAGCUGAGCCUGGGCAGGGUGCCAAUCAUGGUCAAGUCCGGUUCAUGUCAUCUGCGCCACCUCACGCAGGAGCAGCUCGUGCGGCGCAAGGAGGAGAGCAUCGAGCUCGGCGGCGCGGGGGAGAGCGAGGGGGUGGUGCUGAGCCACCCGCGCCACCUCACUCAGGAGCAGCUCGUGCGGCGCAAGGAGGAGAGCAUCGAGCUCGGCGGCUACUUCAUCUGCAACGGCAUCGAGCGUCUCAUCCGCCUGCUCAUUGCUCCCCGCCGCAACUAUGUGAUGAAUCUGCGGCGCCCCACACUGCUAAAGAAGGGGCUCAACUUCAGUGACAUGGCCACCACCAUCCGGUGUGUGCGCACGGACCAAUCAGCAGUGACCAACCGGGUCGUCUACGUCAACGACGGCAACGCAUGCUUCAACUUCUCCCUGAGGAAGCAAGAGUAUUUCAUCCCCGUGGGGAUCAUUCUCAAGUGCCUAGUGGACGUCUCAGAUGCAGAGCUGUACGAGCAUCUGACGGCCAUCCUAACAGCACAGCAGGCUGCAGCCGACCCUCCGGAGACCGACACGCAGCUCGCACCAACCGAAGGAGGAGCAGCAGAGGCAGCCACAAAACCACCGGCAGCAGCAGCGGCGGCGGGGUUGGGAACGCAGUUUGUGAGGGAGAGGGCGCUGGUGGUGUUGAGUCACCCGCGCUCUCUGGGCCUCUUCACUCGCAUGGAGUGUCUGGCUUUCCUUGGAAAGACCUUCCGACCUGCUGUCAACGUUCCCAGCUACAAGCCAGACGCAUAUGUGAGUGGCGUGGCAGUCAAUCAUAAUGGGCUUGUGCUCGUCCAUGCCUUCUCCUUCCCACGCAUCCUCUUCCUCCCCCCUUUCCGACUCCCUCUGUUCCUCUCUGCUCCCCACCUCUGCAACCCCCCCUUCCACAGGCGCCUCAAACUUAGUUCUGCCUCCUCUCCUGCACGCUGUCUACUUUUGAGGCGCCUCAAACUUAGUUCUGCCUCCUCUCAUGCAUGCUGUCACCUUCUUUUCCCUCCCUCGCCUCCCUCUCUCGUCCAUCCCACAGUACCCUCCACGUGCCUCCUCCACACAUGCCCCAACGGGCCUAGUGCGUCUCGGCAAGCCCAUGAGCAAUCUGCGCCUCCUUGGCUCGUUAUAGGGCUCAUCUCCCCCCUUUUGCGCUCGGCUCUCUUUGCCUUGUGCCUGUGCCUGCCUCUUUCUGAUGUCUUCGUGCCUCCACCCCUCCCUCUCAGUUUCAUGCUGCACAAGCUGUGCUUUAUGCUGCACAAGCUAUGGUCGAUGGUGGACGGGCUAUCACAGGAGGACUCAAUGGACACGCUCAUGCAUCACGAGCUCUACCUGCCAGGCCACAUCCUCAACAUCUUCAUCAAGCUCUACCUGCACGGCCACAUCCUCAACAUCUUCAUCAAGGUCCGUCCGCUCUCCUUCCCUGCCUGCAUGCACGACGCAAGCGCAGCACAUGCUCCCACUCUCUUUGGGUUGACUCUCAAGACAGGCUCAUGCAUCACGAGCUCUACCUGCCCGGCCACAUCCUCAACAUCUUCAUCAAGGAGAAUCUACAGCUGCACAAGAUCCAAGCGUAUGCCGCCCCCCUCCUCACUUCUCCCCCCUUCCUUUCCCUGCCCCGAGAAGCUGCAGGUACACCUGCACAAGAUCCAAGCGCACGCCGCCCAGGAGCUCGUCGACAACCCCACCACCACGGACCUCCGCGCCUCCAACUGGCUGCGCCGCCUCGUCGAGGGCAGCCGGCCCGGGGCGGCAGGGGCGGCGCCGGCGGGUGGGCUUUCGAUGACGUUUAUAGGGAAGGACAUCGAGUACAUGCUGAACACGGGGAAUCUGGCGAGCCCGUCUGGGCUGGACAUGCAACAGAGGUCGGGGUUCACUGUGGUGGCGGAUAAGCUCAACUGGCACCGCUACCUCUCGCAUUUCCGCUCCGUGCAUCGAGGAGCGUUCUUCUCCACUCUUCGGACGACUACUGUGCGCAAGCUGCUGCCCGAGGCUGGGCUGGGGAUGACGUUUAUAGGGAAGGACAUCGAGUACAUGCUGAACACGGGGAAUCUCGCGAGCCCGUCUGGGCUGGACAUGCAACAGCGGUCGGGGUUCACUGUGGUGGCGGAUAAGCUCAACUGGCACCGCUACCUGUCUCACUUUAGAUCCAUGCAUCGAGGGGCGUUCUUCUCCACUCUUCGGACCACCACUGUGCGCAAGCUGCUGCCAGAGUCGUGGGGGUUCGUGUGUCCCGUGCACACACCAGACGGCGCCCCCUGUGGCCUGCUCACCCACCUCUCAGCCCCAUGCACUGUCGCCGCCAACCUCAACCCCCCUUCCCUCUUUUCCACCCACCCCGUCUCAUCUCACGGCAGGUCGUGGGGGUUCGUGUGUCCCGUGCACACACCCGAUGGGGCCCCCUGCGGUCUCCUCACUCACCUGUCAGCCCCAUGCACUGUCACCACCGACCUCACUCCCCCUCCCCUCGCCUCCCCCUCCCCCUCCGCCCCCUCCUCCUCCUUAGCCCUCCUCCCCUCCACCCCUGGCUCUGCUCUCGUCCCCCACACCCCCUCCACACCUGCCGGAACUCCCGGAGCAGCCUCCCUAGCCUCGGGGCUAGGUUCGGGGGUAGGCUCGGUGAAGUCCCGCGACGCGAUUGGCCGAGCGGUGCUGCGGUGUCUGGCGCCGUUUGGGCUGGCGGCGGUGGGGGCGGGGGUGCCGCCCCCUGCCCCGCCUCCGGUGUUUCUGACGGUGAUGCUCGAUGGGUGUCUACUGGGGCACAUUCACUCAGAAAUGGCACCGGCCGCGGUGAAGCAUCUGAGUUCAGUGGGGCUAGUGGCAGUGUCUCUGAUGGUGAUGGUGGAUGGGUGUGUGAUGGGGCACAUUCAUUCCGAGAUGGCACCGGCUGGGAUCCCUCGGGACCUAGAGGUCGCCUUCAUCCCCUUCUCCCAGCAAGGAACCUUCCCGGGCAUUUUCCUCUUCUCUGCGCCGGCUCGCUUCGUUCGGCCUGUGCGGCAGCUGCCCUCCCUCAACCCCAGGGCCGCCGCUGCACCCACCUUCGAGCUCAUUGGCAGCCUCGAGCAGGUGAGCACUGGGGCAGGUGGGCACUGGGGCAGGUGGGCACUGGGGCAGGUGGGCACUGGAGCAGGUGGGCACUGGAGCAGGUGGGCACUGGGGCAGGUGGGUACUGGAGCAGGUGGGCACUGGAGUAGCAGUAGUAGCAACGAGAACGGCAUGGGAGCGAGGACUACAACUCUCCCAUGUCUCUUUCUUUCUUCUCCCACUUUUCCCCUUUCUCUCUUGUACCCCGUCUCCCCCUUCCCCCCUACUCCUUUCCGUCUCUUCUCCUUCAUCCCCCUCUUCCUCCCUUCCUAUCAGGUCUUUCUCGACGUGCUCUGCCCGGAUGCUCAUCGUGAAUUUCAAGUCGACGCAAAAAUCCCUCUCCCCGUCCUCUUCCUUCCCCACCCCUUCCCGGCCUUUCUCCCCCGGCAGGUCUUUCUUGACGUGCUCUGCCCCGAUGGUUCGUCGGCCCCUUCCGCCCCGUCCGGCCAAGCCUCGGCGACAGGUUCGGCGACGCACGAGGAGGUUCGGCCGACGGAUAUCCUGAGUGUGAUGGCGAGCCUGACCCCUUGGUCCGAUUACAACCAGAGCCCCCGCAACAUGUACCAGUGCCAGAUGGGGAAGCAAACGAUGGGCAUGCCGCUGCACUCGUUCCCCUUCCGCAACGACAACAAGCUGUACCGCCUACAGACGCCCCAGACGCCCAUCGCACGCACGGCAGCGUAUGACGACUAUGCCAUGGACCACUACCCCACUGGGGCCAACGCGGUCGUGGCCGUGCUGGCUUAUACCGGCACGGCAGCGUAUGACGACUAUGCCAUGGACCACUACCCCACUGGGGCCAACGCUGUCGUUGCGGUGCUGGCUUAUACUGAGUAUGUGGGUGUGCUACAAGGGGGAUGGGUGAGUGAGUGGGCAGCAGCACGGCAGCGUAUGAUGACUAUGCCAAGGAUCAACACCCGGUACGACAUGGAGGAUGCGAUGAUCAUCAACAAGUCGUCCAUGGAGAGGGGCUUUGGCCACGGUUACAUCUACAAGAACGAGGUGAUCGAGGCCACCCAGGGCUCAGCGGCACGUGUGGCCAAGUUCACGCCGUCCGGGCUGCCCGUGCAGAUGCUGGGGCGGGCGGCCAGUCACCGGCGCGGACACAAGUGGACCAUCGACACCGAUGGGCUGCCCCGCCCUGGGGAGGUGAGCGCAGAGGGUUUGCCUGUGCCGAUUCUGGGGCGGCCUGUUAGCAACCAGCGCAGGCACAAGUGGACCAUUGACACUGAUGGGCUGCCCCGCCCUGGGGAGCACAUCACGAGCGGCGACGUGUAUGCAUGCAAGGUGAACACGGUGACGGGCAAGGCGGACGAGAUCAAGCUCAAGGGGUCAGAGGAUGCGGUGGUGGACGGGGUCACGCUCAUCGGCACCGGCGCUAAGACAGCGCUCACUAAGGCCUCCGCGCGCAUGUGCUUUGGGCGCUUGCCGCAGAUAGGGGACAAGUUCAGCAGCAGGCACGGGCAGAAGGGAGUGCUGUCACAGCUCUGGCCCGAUGUGGACAUGCCCUUCGCCUCCUCCUCCUCCCCUGUUAGAAUGCCGACCUGCCACCCUCCCUGGAUCCCCCUCCCCACCACCUCUGUUGUACCCAUCUGCACCCUUCUGCACCCAUCUGUACCCCCCUAUUCCCCUUUUUCCUUCCUUUCCCCGCAGGCAUCCGUGCGCAUGCGCUUUGGUCGCCUGCCACAAAUAGGAGACAAGUUCAGCAGCAGGCACGGGCAGAAGGGAGUGCUGUCACAGCUCUGGCCCGAUGUGGACAUGCCCUUCGCCUCCUCCUCCGGCAUCCGUCCAGACAUCAUAAUCAACCCCCAUGCCUUCCCCUCGCGCAUGACCAUUGGCAUGCUCGUCGAGUCAGUUGCUGCUAAGGUGAGAGAAAGGCACAUCAUCAUCAACCCCCACGCCUUCCCCUCGCGCAUGACCAUAGGCAUGCUCGUCGAAUCAGUUGCAGCCAAGGGUGGAGCCUUGCACGGAAACUUCGUGGAUGCUUCCCCGUUCCGCCCUGCCACGCCCAACCCCCCGCCGCUCACCAUGAGCCUCAAGUCUCGCCAGCCCGCCCCGCGACGUGGCGCCUCCCGAUUGGCCCGUUCCUCUGCUGGUACCCCUGGUCUCUCCACUCCUGUACCCCGCCCAAAACUGCACAAGAAAUCUGGUGCCCCCCCCACCCCUGCUACUCCUGCCACUCCUGCUGCUGCUGGUGGUGCUGAGAAAGGGCCUGGAAGUUUCACACCCUUGGAUCUCCCAACCCCUGCUUCAUCUGCCAAGCCUGGCCUGGCUGCCAAACCUGCUGCAGGUCCGGCGGCAGCAGGUAGGGCAGGAGAAUCAAAUCAGCCACAGAAUCGCGAGGAUCUGGUGGACACAUUCGGGCGGCAACUGGUGGAAAAGGGAUUCAGCUACUAUGGCACAGAGACCAUGUAUAGCGGAGUGUACGGGUGCGAAAUGGAGUGUGAAAUUUACCUAGGAGUGGUGUAUUAUCAGCGGCUGCGGCACAUGGUAUCAGAUAAAUUCCAGGUGCGGUCUACCGGGCCUGUGAACCCGCUCACGCAGCAACCGGUGAAGGGGAGGAAGAAGGGCGGUGGAGUGCGGUUCGGAGAGAUGGAGCGCGAUGCAAUGCUGUCCCACGGCGCGGCGUUUCUCUUACACGACCGGCUACACUCGUGCUCAGACUACCACACCACUGACGUCUGCUCUCUCUGCGGCUCCCUGCUAGCUCCGGCGCUGUCUCGUCCCCGAGGCGGGUCGGCAGGUUCGGACACAGCUGUGGCGCUAGGCCUGGGGCUGGGGGCUGGCGUGGGGUAUGGGACGGUGGGGGGGGAGCUGCGACAGAAGAAGAUGGUGUGUCGUGUGUGUGGUACGGGGAAGGGCGUGGUGCGAGUGGCGAUGCCGUAUGUGUUCAAGUAUCUGGCUGCUGAGCUGGCAGCAAUGAACAUCAAGCUCACACUGGGUGGCGUGGUGCGAGUGGCCAUGCCGUAUGUGUUCAAGUAUCUGGCUGCUGAGCUGGCAGCAAUGAACAUCACGCUUACACUGGGUGUGUGGACUGCGGUGUUUCACGUCACGAUGAUUUCUUAG